GUGUGUAUGUGUGUGAAUAAAUUGUACAAGAAAAUUUGUAAUUAUAAGUGUUGCAAAAUUAAAAUAUCUCAGCAUUGUCUAAUUCAACUGAAAUAACUUAACUGGCUUGUAAAGAUAUAGAACACGUUCAUAUGCAAGUGAUUUUGACUUCCGGAGACAACCAGUUGAAAUAACAGUUUGUGAAGCAUUGCAAGUUUGUGUCGAAUUUAAGAGCAGCGGCCUCUACAGUUUGAGACGCUGCCAAGAGUGCCGAUAUAACUUGCUUAUUUACAAUAAAUCGAUAGGUGUGCGUAAGCGCAGCCAACUUAACAGAAAAAUGUAGCUGCGAAGAAGUAGAAAAAUCGUAUAUGAACAAGGAAUAAAAGUUGAAAAUAAACAGAAAUACAUACCAAUUCCUCGGAAAGGAAUAUAUUCGCAAGUUAAAACCCUUAAGUCAAGAAUUGUUAAUUAACUGGGAGUCCGUUUAUAUUGACAUAUACAUACGAACAAAAUUGCAUCAGCAUGCCCGAUUCCGGCGACUGCAGCGAUGCAGAGAUGAAUCAGCCGUCUUGCAGCAGGAAGACUGUACAGAGUAAUGAUCGCGAAAAGAGAAAUCGUCGUGUAAUUAUGCGAAUAGAAUUUAAGGACUCGGAUGACACGGACGCGGAUGAUUCGUGUUCCGUUUCAAGUAAUGACAAUGAUGCCCCUGCCUCUGCUUAUGUGAGUGUGGGUGUUGACCUUGGUGCGCGGCUACCAGGCGCGUCAGCUCCCCAACCUUGUCGAAGUACCCGCAGUCAACAUGUUGUUCGGGACGCUAAUGUAAUUGGAGCUGCGCAUACAUCUGGUCGUCAGCUUCGAAGACGUGCUGAUACAAAACGUCUUCCGUCAGACAAUGAUCCAGACAGCAACAGUGAGGUCGAUGAACGUAAUACAAGAAAGCGCGAACGUGGAAGGAAACGAAAGAAAUUGGUCAUUUCCGAGGAUGAUAGUGAGGAUGAGAAAGGUAUUUCCAAUAAUAAUACCAGGACGGAUUCCCAACUGGAUCUUGAUGUCGGCUUUAGUUCGGACAGCAGCAGUAAUGAGUUAUUGGAGAAAUGUCCAAUUUGCUUGUUGACGUUCCGUCACCAAGAGAUUGGAAGACCAAUAACAUGCGAGCACAUGUUCUGUGCAACCUGCAUUGAGGCAUGGGCAAACAAUGUGCAAACCUGCCCCAUUGAUCGUCUUGCGUUUGAUAAAAUCGUUGUACUUGACCAUUUUGAGCGACGUAACAUCGUGCGCGAAGUUCGCGUGGAUCUGAGCAAAUCCAAAAAGGAGCUAGUGUUAGACGAUGAAGAAUAUGCUGCUGGUGCCAUGGCCAAUGACGACGAAUUGACUAAUUGCGAAAUAUGCAACAGACCGGACCGUGAAGAGAUAAUGCUUCUUUGUGACAGCUGUAACCAAGGUUAUCACAUGGACUGCUUAGAUCCACCUCUUUUUGAAAUACCUGCAGGUUCUUGGUACUGUGAUAACUGUAUUGAUUCGAACGAUGAGGAUGAAGACGAAGAGUUAGAGCUUGCCGAGGACUUGCACACGCUGUACGAGGACAUUCGUGGAAUGGGAUUGCCAGAGACACGUUUACGUGUACGCCAAGUCCAGCAGCCUCGAAUUCUACGCACUCGUCAAAAUGAACGUAUACGAGCAGCGGUCCUGCGGCAUACUCAGCCGGCCUCCUCGAGGCAGUCGAGAGCAGAAGCUCAGCUGGAAACUACAACAAUGACACAAACCACAACUCGAAGUAGUCGGAAUAUCACAACAACGAGAACCACACGUACCACAACAACAAGACGUAACGGCACAUCGCGACGACGACAACGACGUAGCCGACGAACACAUCGCACUUAUGUAGUGGAGUAUGAUCUCAAUAAUUUUGAUGAAAAGUUCGCAGUCAAGACUAGAAAAAAGGUCAUACGGCGUCGACGAAGGCGAAAAGUAACCCGUAAAAUAAAUUCGCAAAAUUCCGUCAGAAAUGUCGAAGAAACUACGCGAAUGUCGGCAAGCAGACGGUUAGCUGAACAGCUUGGAGUCAAAAUAGACGGAGUACGUGGGUCACAUAUAAGCGGCGGCAGCGCCUCAAGCUUUACGCUAUUCGGUAGUCGCAACGAUUUGGAGUAUUUUUCCGAUACCGACGAUGUGCUCGAUGAUAUGGGAGGUGAUAUUAAUAAUGACCAUUUUGCAUCAACUGCAGUUCAGACAUCAGUUCGAAAUUCUAACAUAGGUGCACCACGGAAUCGUAAAGCACUUCUUCAAGGCAAGGCACGCAUAGCAGCACCGAACCGCGGGUCAGCCUCUAGUGCCGCCAGUGAUAUAUUAUCCAGUAUAAUGGAACUGCAAGAUCGUUGGCAUAAUGCAUCUCGAAAUCUAAGCGAAGUCCAUAUUAACGCAGAUGGUACCCUGAAUUUACCGCAGAUGGCAACGAUAAUGAGCCAACCAACUAAACCAACUGAUGUAAAGAAGCCUACGGAACAUAUCACUCAAAUCCCACUUUAUCAGCGUGGAGGCUCCGGACCUAAUUUAGGCCGAGGUGGUACUGGCAACUACAACAAUCGCUAUAGUGGCAACAACACUCGAGGCAGCGGUGGAAGCGGUGGUAGCAGUGCAGUUGCUGCUAAUCAGUACCAACAACAUUCAACUGGCGGCAUGUCGAAUAACACUGAUAAUUCAGCUGCAGAAUCCAGUUACGGCAAUCAAAGUUUUAAUAGCAACAAUAACCCCAACAGCGGCAACAACAAUUCUACACCCAACACAAACUUUACGCCAUUCAACAUUCGCUUUAAUUCGACUAAUCAACAACAACGCAAUCAGAAUAUGCAGCAAUCCCGCCAAUCGUCAUUUUCUAGCGGCAUACGUAUGCCUUUAACGCCGGCUGCCGCCCCAUCUACAAGUUUUGCUCACAUAAUUCCCCAGCAGCAGCAGCGACAACUUUUUAGCGGCCUGCCCGCACCUAUUAAUGCACCCGUUCUCGGUGCUCGCAUAUCAAUGCCACCGGUAUUGUCAGUACCACCACCACCGACGCCACCGCCCAGCUUAUCGUGGAAUAGCUCUCUGUUUAAAAUAAAUACCGAUUACGGAAAGAAAACUGCUACUAAGAAAGGCGACAAUGUCGACGACGACGAUGAAAACUGCCCGAAUUUCUCCAUUUACUCACAGGAAUCGCAAGCAGUCGCCACAGAUCUUUUCGCGCAACCGCAAAAAGCCGCAGGGAACAUAGAUCAGGAUGAUGACAACAUGAAUGAAGAUUUAGUACAAUUAGAUGAUGAUGAAGACAUACCUUUGCCGCCAGAACCCCAUGCAACCGAAGCAGUCGCCAGUGGCAAUGAAGAUCACAAUGCUGCUAGUGACCUAUACGAACCGGAAAACCCAACGGGAGAACAGGAAGAGGACGAGAAGGAAAACAUACAAAAAUCCACCAAAAGCGAUAACGACAACGUCGAAGAAAGCAAUGAUAAUGUGGAAGGUAGCAAUUUGGACUGUGACUUAAGUGCAUCUGCCACCCCAGCUAACAAGGAACCCGACAAUGAUGAUGAAACAAAAGCACAGAGUACCCCUAGCCCUCUUAUCAAGGAUGGACGCUUGGCAGACCGGAGUAAAGGUGUUCUGGAACUGUACGAUGACAGUGAUUGGGAAGAGUUAGAUAUUGAUAGACCGAAAGAAUUUGAGAAGGCGCUCAAUGAAGAAAAUAUUGAGGAUGCACCUACUGCUAGAAAGAAGAAAAAAAACGAAGGCGACGCAACGCCGAAGUCUUCAAGCAGCGAAUCACACCAAGACCGAUCAUAUACGCCCUGUUUGGAUGAAAAGCACAUUGAAGAAGAUGCCGCGGCCGCUAGCCAAAACGAUAAAUCGGAAAUAUCAGGUGAAGCCAAGAAAAGCAAUACCAAAGCAUCUGAAUCUGUCGAAGACGAUGAGAAGCGCUUGGCCGGCAUGAAUACUGAACUCAUUUCCGAAGACGAAGAAUUAACCAAUGAAAACGAGUCAAAACGACGCAGUCGUAGUCGUAGUCGCCAUCAUAAUGAAAACGAUAACAAAGUUAGUAAAUCCAAGCGCAGUGCUAAGCGAGGCAAAGAAACUUCUGAGACAUUCAAGAAAAUAGGAAAACGCCGAAAAGACCGCAAUUACCGUGGGGAUAAACAACAUCAUCAGGAUCGUACUCAUUCCCGUCGUUCCCACUCUAACUCACCACGUUCUGUCACCCGCAGCUGCAGUAAUCGUAGUCCCGAUCACAGUCGCAGUCGUAGUCUUACGAGAUCACCACGCAGCCGUAGGCGUAAUACUCGGUCUAAAUCGUAUUCACGAUCAAGAUCGCACUCUCAUAGUCCUAAUGGUGGUCGUCAUCGGUCUACUUUUAGGAGUCGUGAAAAUGUUCGAGGAUUUGGUCGCGGCCGUGGCGGAGUACGAUACAGUUUUCGCAAUCAACAAUUUCAGCAUAGAACGUACCAGCAGCCCCACCAUCAAAGCCAAUACCAACAGCAGUACCACCAGCAUCAUCAUCAGUAUCAGAAUCAAAAUCAAUAUCAAUCGCAGAUAAAUUCUCAACGGCCUAAACGACGCGAGCUACCUCGCUAUGAUGUGCGCAAUGUCGUUAGUGCUUCGCGUCAUCACCAAAAGGAUCGUUAUGGCCGCGACGCAACUCGAUCUGCUAGAAGUCGUUCCAAUAGCUGUGAGCGGCGACAACAUUCGCGUAGUUAUUCACGAAGCUCCACGCGAUCACGCACGCGCUCAGUAUCACCGAAACGGUUUCGCAGUUUUAGUAUUUCGCCCUCUCCACCCUUAGGACAUGCCAGGCAUCAACAUGACCAAGACGUCCAUCGAAGAUCAAUGUCACCGAGUAGAAGGCGAUUUGAGCGGUCUGCGUCAAAUUCACAACCAUUACAAGCAGCGCAUCGUAACAGUCCGCUGCAUCGGAGUAAUAGCACAAUGUCACUGCGUUCUCGGUCUAAUACACCGACGCGAAUGAACGGCAACCGCAAUUUGCAGGGAGCAAAGAAUUCACCUUGCUAUUCGCCACGUUAUACCCCACGUUUAAGUCGCAGCCUAUCAAAAAGUCCAAGGAAAAAAAAGAAAAAGAAGAGUGAUAAGAAGAAGAAGGGAAAGAAACGACCAGCUAGCAGUAGUCCAAUGGGUCGACAGCGCCGUAUUUCCAGGCAGCGUGAUCCUUUUGACGAUGCCGAUGAUUUCCUUGCGCCCCAGUUGGGCAAGAAGUCGAAAAAAUCGUCAACGGGAUUACCGGCAAUGCAUUGGUCACCAUCUCCUACGCCCAGUCUUUCUGCCGAACAUCUUAACUUCAUUCACGAUAGCGGAGCUGGAAUAAGUGGUGAAAAGCCUGCUUCCUGGACACCGCCCCUGGGGUCUCCACAAGCGCCUGUUUCCCACUAUACUGUAAAUCCUCACCUCAGCAUGACGCCAGUAAUGGGGAAAAAAGUAAAGCCCAAGCGGGACAAAACCAAGAAAAAAAAGAAGCCGCUUGACAAGCAGCGCAAAGACAAAAAACGCAAGCGCCAUACCAUGACACCUGAACCGUUGCCCUCUAAGGAAGUAUUCGCCUCGGGCAACAAUAUUCUUGUCAGCGUUAGCUUCAACAAGGAAGCAACCAGCACCUUGGCAGCUUCAGCACAGCAGCAAACUGUGGUAACGUUGCCGCCGACGAGAGAUGAGUUCCUUGGAGGCCGGCGCAUCUCCACAGAUAGGGUGACCAGCAGUAGCGGCAUAACGAGCAAGAAGUCUAAACGCAAGCGGAAAAAACUAGAUGCCAAACCUGUAGCUAUUAUAGAUCUGGAGCGCUCACCAUUUCAAGUUCAUCAAGAGCCUGCCGAUGUCAUUGUGCUGACUGAUAGCGAAGAUGCAAAUGAUAACCAACUUGUGCUACGGCGCGACCGCCGUCGUAAUAGCGCUGCCUCGGCAACGGAUCACAGUGGUAUGAUGAGAGAGAAUGGACAACGUGAAAAAACGCCGUCGACGUGCAUGGAAACUAUUUUGGAAGCUUCAUAUGAUAAUCUGCCACAAACGACUGGUCCGAAGACACCACCGGAGCCACAUUUAGUGAAGUUCAAUUUACCCGCCAAAAAACAACACAAAGUGCGCAAUAAUCCGCUGCAUGACGAUGCCGACGAUAUACACUCUGCAGACGAGUUGGACACAGUUUGCUCUAUGCGUGGUGCUAUAGACGACGAACCGCAACAGCCACAUGCAAGCGAAGGCUUGAUUUCAGCCCAAAAGAUUGGUCCGAACACGCCACCUGAGUCGGGGCCUUGUUCUCCCGAUGCAUAUGAUCCAUUCGAACCGACGAAGUCACCCUCACUAUCACCGCGCUCCCCAACACCAACUCCUGCCCAGAAUCUUGAGCCAAUGACGUUACAGGCUUCCACUGGCGGUAGCGGAACGGUUUGCAGUGGUACGGAGAAAAUUGAAUCGUGUAAUCAGAAACACAACAGCCACAGUGAGGAUCUGGUGGACAUUAACAUAGGCACGCCGACACUGUCGAGCACUAGUAACCCAACCUCGCAAGCAAAUACGAGUGUAAGCAUUAAUCCAGUGGAUCUGGUCAUGGCGCUUAUGAAUAAACCAAGCAACAACAUUCAACAAGAACUGACUAAUAAAACCUGCGACGUAUCGUCGGCAUCGUAUCUCAACAGUACUACAAUGAGCACAGCGCUGGCGGCCUCUGCUGCCGACGAUAAGCUUACCGAUAAUACAAUUACAGUUUUGUCAAAUGUCCUGCUUACAAGUAGUACUACUGUGUCCGCUUCGCAGCACAUACCUGUUAUUUCUAGUCCGCCAACGACACUAGUAAGAAAAUUAGGAACCCUGCCCAAAGCGGGAGGUAGCGUGGCUAGCAGCAACAGUGGUAUAGCGAACCUGCCAUCAAGUAGUGGCACCAUACGUAACGGCAACACCGGUGUUAGUGGUAUAGCCAAUGUGCUGGAUGACUCUUUUAAUAUGGACAUCGAAAGUCCAUACUCUCCAGGUUCAGCAGACUAUGAGGACCUAUUUGAGCCCCCGCCGGAAGGUGGUAAUGCAAUCGGAUCAAAUAGACGUUCGAAAAAUAGUGUUACAGGUAAAGCGGAGAUGUUUGACAAUCUUUUUGGAAGCAGCUCUCCAGUGGGCCAGCAUCGAAUGUCAUCACGGUAUAAUAAUUCAGGAGGAAGAAAACCGCAACGUGCAAAUAACAAAAACGAACGCAAAUCAAAAAUCAAAGGAAACAAAUUAGUCGAGGAGCACGUAAAAGUGUAUGACGAUUUGCCCAAUUCGGCGGUUGACUUACAAGUCAAGGAUAGGUUUAUACGGAAGUUAAACCGCCAGGAACGUGUUGUUGAGGAAGUAAAAUUGGUAUUGAAACCCCAUUUUAAUAAGAAAGUAAUCACAAAAGAUGAUUAUAAGGAUAUCAUGCGACGCGCUGUACCAAAAAUUUGCCACAGUCGCUCUGGUGAAAUUAAUCCCCAUAAAAUCAAAAACUUGAUUGAUGCAUAUGUAAAGAAAUUCCGCGCUAAGCACAAGAAGUUGAGUCUGCUUAAUACCGGGCAAGUGAGCAGUGCUGUCAAAUGUGCUGCCUAUUUAAAAAAGCUAUAAGCAAAUGUGGGGAGAGGAAAUGCGUUUUCUUCACAAUCCAUACAAUUAUGUUCGGCAGCCGCAUGCAUUCCUACACCUCCAUUAUUCACAAUCGCCGCCCGUAAGCGCAAAUACAUAAAUUGUCAUUGCUAUUGAACUUUAGUUAUUAAGUCAAUUUUAGGUUAUACUACGAAUGAUUUUAGAGAUUAAGCCAAUACAGAAGUGAAAAUAUAUAUUAAGCAGUAAACUCGUCUAUUUUAGUGUUUUUGAUUGCGCCCAACUCAGUUAAAUGAAACAAAUUUAUUUGAUUAAUU